ACGCGCCCUUUGCGGUCGCCCGCAGCAAACGAAACGAAAUUGAAAGAAUUAAUAUUAAGCAUGUUUUUAGCAAGAAGUAAAUGCAACGAUCCGAUGUGCUAUGCGAUUCCCCAGAACGAUAAAGCAAACCGGGCGGUGUUAAAACCACCGUGGUGUGUCCCUUUCCUUAUGGGUUUUCGUGCAUGUACAGCACGUUGACAGAAUUACCAUAUCCCAACGGAGAGCGGCCGGCUCGGGUACGAGAUCUCAUUUUAACUUGCUUUCCAAGACAAAUAAAAAGGGCCCCUAAAGGGGUGAUGGGUAGAAGAAACCACAAACAGCCCCUUUAAAAACUAGAGACAGACGCAUCGCCAACGUUUGAGAUCGCUUAUCGGUUCCGCUUAUCUGCUUUUAAAAUGUACUCUUUCGGUGAGAAUAGUUCGUUUCACUCACCCUUUGCCGGCUUACUAGCUCAAGCUCACAUGGUCAUCUCAUUCGCUCUUUUCACCCUGCUCACUUCGGGGAGUCGGUUUGCGCUCUUUCGCAAGAAGCUCUCUCACUGCCACUACUUCUACCGCUGUUGGGGGAUCAAAGGAGCAUGGGCUCGGCUAACAACCUUCUACCAAAAGCUUGCUCAGAACGAUACUUGUUGGCGUAGAGGAACGUUGUUGUGUGUGGUGUCCGGCGUUCGCGUGCACUUUCCGUACUGUACUGUGCCGCCGUUGUGGUGCUCAAGUGGCUUGUUAGUGCGAGUUUGCCGGCUGGUGUUUGGUGUGGUUUGCUAGAAGUGGGCUGUGUGCCGGUUUGCAAAUACAAAUAGAGCAAAAAAAAAAAGAAGAAGUGCCAAUUGGAAUGUGUUGAAAAGGUUCGAAAUUGUAUGCAGAUCACUUGUGUGACGAGUGUGUGUGUGAGUGUGUCAUCCAUAGGGCAUUGAAGUACCGUUUCUUACCGGGUUUCAGGCCACCAGUACCGCCAGUGAUUGUGUGUGUGUGUGGAGGUGCGUUUGACUAAUGAAACAUAAAUUUCCCUACCCAAGCGACAACAACCAUUCCAACGAGGCGGUACAGUCCAGUCCAAACCGUGCUUAACUUGGUCGCAGUGCUCCCGUGAAAGCUUUUUCCCCGGUGUGUCAUUGAGUGAAUUUUUGCCACGGCUCGCAAUAAAAUGAUCAACGAAUGGCAGCCGGGUGGAAUGUGUGUGUGUGAUGUGUUGUAGUACGGUUCGCGAAUCCACCCCUGCGAAAGUCCGCGGUGGACAGUGAAUGAGGUGCGCGUAAAGGUGUACAGCUCGUCGCACGCUCGACUGCUUCACCCCCCAAAAAAGGCUGCCACCAGUUAAUCCGGUGUCGAUAAUCACAACUUCAGCCGGACAAGUGGUUCAUUACAAGAACGCCGACAGCGCGUCAACACGGAUAAAGGGGGAAGUGAAACACGAAAGAAAGAAAACAAGCAAAGAACGCUCACACGGGCCGGCCUCGUAUUGGCCUCACACAAAACAGGCCAAAGUUUUCGUGCUCCGGUGCUGAGAACGGAUGGAAAAGUUUUCCCGUUAAGCUAUACAGAACGAAGGCUACCAAGGAGAGAGUGUGGUGUGAGAGAUAAACAAAAAAAACAGACUCCAAGGCCAUCCGCGGGUCCUCAGCAGCAAGGAAAGUGGAAGCACAACAGUGUGUGGGCAAGAAGGGGCAGCUGAGCAGCUUUCACAGUUCCCCACCGCAGCGUCAUCAUGGACGGAAGGAACCGACGGCGUCAAUUUGGCGGCCCCUGCCACUGUCUCCGGCCACUGAUACGGCUCUGGGGCGUCGUGACAGCGAUUGUGGUCAGUGGCGUCGGGAUAGACAUAAUGGUUCAUGGUUACACUGCAGGUGUUUAUAUAAUAGUUGCCUCCGUAGUUAUAUUCUUACUGGAAAUCAAAUGGCUCUUCACACUGUUCAUAGUGCUCUGUACAAACAAUGACUACUCGUCCGGAUGCUACCGGUGCUGGAGCGUCUGCCGGUACUGUGGCGGUUGGCAUCUGACCUUUCCGUACGUGGCCUUAGGUAUCGCGCUCAUCGUGUGGCCCCAUCGGCUCUGGCUGAGCCACGUGGCAGGUGGGCUGCUGAUAGGGCUGGCCAUGCUGCGGUUGCUCACUGUGUGCAAGUUUCGACCGCACGGCAAAGACGACGAGCUGCUGAACCAUUGCGAUGAGCACGCUGACAAGUACGACAACCUAUCAGAUGUGCUGGUGGACAAUUCAAUGCCCGAGCCGGGCCACAGCUUGGAGGGCACUAACGGCAGCAGUCAGGGCGCACACGAUGACGGCGACGACGACGACGAUGACGAUGUGGCAAUCAAUGGGGACGGCGGCAUGUGACCGGACGGGCCGGUGCGCCCCAAAUCGAAAAGCACCAUCCGGAAGUGCAUGAAUCAAAACUACGAAAAGCUGGACAACGACGAGUGUUGCGACUGCGACGUAAUCAAAUAGGACACAACGGCACUGUAACUGCUGGGAGGGGCGCCGCUUACCCUCCCACAUGUUUGUAAAUAAAGUUAGCCUAACUGCUUGGGUUUCGCGAAUCAGUUUGAGCGUUUCUCCUGCUCUUUCCUUUGUGUGGAAGGUUCGGGGAAAGGAGGAUGGAGGGCGGAGCAGCCGUACGGAAUUUAGCCGCUCGAAUUAAACUUGUAUUUAUAACAUAGCGUUUAGAAAAUUCGGGUUUCGGAGCAGACAUGAUUCAAAUAAACAUUUAAACUAUA